AUGACAACAUUCUGUAUGCGGUAUGGCCAUUAUGAGUUUCUAGUGAUGCCUUCUGGGAUAACCAACGCUCCAGCUGUAUUUAUGGACUUAAUGAACCGAAUCUUCCGUGAGUUCCUAGAUCGAUUUAUGAUCGUCUUUGUGGACGACAUUAUGAUUUACUCACCCUUUGAGGGAGAGCAUGAAGAACACUUGCGGGUGUGGUUUGUUGACAACAAUUGGAUGGUGUUUGUGGUGGUUUUUGGAGGCAUUCACGAUCUUGGGGUUCACGUUUCUACUGUUAUUAUUUGGGCUAUCAGCAUCUUCAUCAAUUUAAAGUCUGUAGCAGCCCAAGCUGGUUUAGGAUUAGCACCACCAGUUAUUGUACAAGGAUUUGAUCCACAGGUAGUGGAGUCAUUUUCUGUGCUUACCUUUCCUAUUGAUAGAGAGGUUGGUUUUGAUAUUACUGAUUGUCACAUAUGCUUGGAGAAGUUCCUCCAAGGAGACGAUGUACAAGUGCUCCCUGUUUGCAGGCAUAUUUAUCAUAUUGAUUGUAUCCAAACUUGGCUAACUAGAGAUACUCAAUGCCCUGACUACCGUUAUGACUAUGAAACAUGGGAAUUAGAAAGCAUGCCACCUGAUUUACCUUGA